AUGUUUAAAAACAUUCUAAGAAGCUCAAUACCAAGACAAAUACUAAGGACGAACCAUCCAAGGAUAAUAUCAAUCAUCCCAUCCUCUCUAACUUAUAGAUCCUUCUCCAUAUAUCAACCAGUAUGGCACGGUCAUUUGAAGACCCCUAAGCCUGGCGAAGAAUUGAAAAUUACAUUCAUAGAGAAAGACGGGAAUCAAAAGACGUUCGACGUCGCAGAAGGGGAGACCCUCUUAGACAUUGCCCAGGGCCAUAAUCUGGAUAUGGAAGGUGCAUGUGGGGGUUCCUGUGCUUGCUCGACAUGCCACGUGAUCGUCGACCCGGAUUAUUAUGAUGCGAUUCCCGAACCAGAAGAUGAUGAAAAUGAUAUGUUGGAUUUGGCUUAUGGGUUGACAGAGACUAGUAGAUUGGGGUGUCAAGUAAAAAUGAAGAAGGAUAUCGACGGUAUUAGGGUCGCUUUACCUCAAAUGACAAGGAAUGUCAGUUCUAACGAUUUGUAG